AUGAACGACUCCCUGGACCUGAGCCUGGCGAAAGUGAGAGAUCUGCAGUCGACAUCCACUCUAGAGCAGUUCAUGGCCAAGCUGUGUCUCCAUCACCAGCGGCAAAUCGUCGACGCCCUUGGGUUCUUGCAGACCGAAGUCAAGGCCGUGGCCUCUACGUGUUCUCCGGAGCCGUCUGCCUCUAAAGCGACCCUCGAGGCAUUGGUAGAGACUGACUGUAGCCCAGUCCCCGAGCAGGAGAGCGCUGGACUCUCGUGCGCUGCACAAAGAGCCACCGCCGCCUCCUCCUCUGCAAAGACGGUGAACGACUUGCUGGAAGCAGCCAGCCCGCGGAAUGCAAAGCCGUGGGUCCCGCAUCAGAACAGUGAGAGUGCAGGCCCUGUUGACGCCUCCGGUGAGGUCUGUCCCUCUCAGACAUGGUCUGAUCCUUUGGAUCUUCGGAAGGCGGCCUCUGGGGAUGGCAGGGGUUCGGAAUUUUUCCUUGGCAAAGCCAGUGAGAGAGACAAGGCUUGGCAGGAAGACCUGCUGUUGCCGGAGAAGAAAAAUGUGAGCUCUAGCAAUCUAGUUGAAGUGAAGAAACUGUGUAUGCUUGAAAGCUCUUGUCAUACUCCUGUUGGCACUUUAGAUGAGCGGCAGUGCAAUCCUGAAACACUCUUGCAUCCAAAUAGAGAUGAACCAAGUCUUGAAGAACUCAGUCCGUCCUUUGGAAGGCACGAUCAGUUAUUCGAUCAUCUCUAUCACACAGAGCAAAGAGGCUCCUCUGGACGUACCAAAGAUUUGUUGGUCAAAACCUACCCUAUUAAGGUGACCUCAAAAACAACACCACCAGUCUCCCCCAGAACGGCUCGAAAGAGCAGGAGAGGGCCUUAUCCUCGGCCCAGGGAUGCUGUAUGCCAGAUAAUAAAUGACCCUGACAGUCAUUGUGACAUUGUGUACAUUAGCAAACCCAUAACGGAGUGCGAGCUGCGGCCUCCAAACCGUAUGUUCCCCCGGCGAAAUGCCCGUAAGAGCAUAAGAGGCCACAUGUACAUCGAGGAGUGCUACGAGCUGAAAACUGUCCGCACGCUGUCUAGGAGAUCCGCCACCAGCGACAAGGGCAACUGCCCUGCUCCAGUGGUGGAGACCAUCACGUUAGUCACACCAAAACAGGCGCUUUCCAAGCCAGACAGCGUUCCUCCGGUGGACGUGCCCUUUGCUGGAGGCUGCGGAGAGACCUUUGGUCAGAAAGCCCCCUCGGAGCAGCCGAUGGAGAAGGAGAUCGCUGGAGAUGUAGUGGAACCUUUGAGGGAGGCACAUCUGAUGGUUGAAACCAGUCAGACGGGCCAGCCUCCUUUCAGAGAGCAGACACCCCCUCGUCUCCAAAACCUCCCUUCUUUGGUACACCACGAGAGUACAGAGCCUGAGAAAGAGGGGGAGCAGCAGCUGCAGGAGGAAGAGGAAGUAUCACAAGCAGAAAAGCCUCCUUCUCCAUGUUUAAUUGAAGGUGUCCAACAUGAUAAAGACAAUGAGCAUGGCCUGGCUGAUAUGUCUACAAAGGAAGUGAUUGGGCCGGUACAAGCCAACGAUGCGUCACCAGAUCCUACCGUAGCUUCAGCCGAUGAACCCAAGUCAUCGGUUGCCUCAGAGGAAGAGAUUGAAAAUUGUUCCAGUCCACCUCAGUCAGGUUUGAAGCCAGUCUCUCCACUGACAGCUGCAGAAGAUGCCGUUGAUACUGAGAGCACCAGAGUUGGAGUUGUAGAGAGCUGUGAGAUGGAAAAGCAGGAUGAGCUUCCAGUGGGAACAGAUCAGGCAUUAUCAGAAAAUGUGGAGAAAGAGACUCUCGUGGGAAAUGAAGAAAAUGUAGAAAAAGAGAACUUUCCGGAGCAGGACAUUGGUACCACUGACCCAGUUUUUAGUACAGCAAAUGAUGAUGUGAUGUCGGAAGAAACAUCAAAAGAUGCAGAUGUUGAAAAGGUUGAGGUAGCAGUUGUGGAAGAAUUGUCUUCAGUAACAGACUCACAUUUUGAGCAUGCUGAGAAGGAUGGUUUGCAAGGGGAGGUUGCAUCUGUUGCCCCUGAAAUUGCUGUCACGAAAAAGGUAAGUAGUAGAGACAUUGCCCCAUCUGACAGAUGCUUGCGGAGAAGGCUACACGCAAACAGCCCUGAAUCUGCAAGGCUUUCCAAACCCAGCCAGGAAACACCGGGCCAACCUCAGGUCCAAAGCCCUGAAAGUGACCUCAGAAUUUCUGCAUCAACACGAUCUCACAGGUCUGUUAAGGUGAAACCACCAGAGGCUGACACCUCCUCAAGUCGCACAGUACCGCCAAGCACUGAAGAGCCUGUUGAUAAACCCCAGUCCUCUUCUGAGGCCAUGCCCAGCAUCAGCAAAGUAGUGGAUAAUAUGGUACAAACGCGACACAAGGCCAUGUUGGCAAAACAACUUGAGAACAGUGGUGGAAGCCAGGACACUAUUAUUUCUCCUUCUAAAGCAGGCCUCAGUACAGAGACAGAUGGGCUCAACGCAUCCAACAAACUAACCCCUCCAAAGGAAAAAGCAACAACCACUCCUGUAGAUGGUGUAGUUGCUGGUAAUGUUAGCGAGGCGUCCACGGGAAAUGUCUUGGAAAAAUCUAGAAAAGCACCUUUGAUGAGAGAGAGGAUCAGCAGUGGAGCAGCCACCAGACCAAUGAGCUCUGCAACUCUCAUGAAACACAAGAAGCUGGUCCUUAGAUCCCAGAGGUCUGCUACACUGUUGGCUACUGCCUCCAGGGGGAAGAGUGAACAGAAACAAGUGGACUGUACCUUUAAAGCCAGAGCUGAGAAGACCACACCGUCCCAGAAGAGAGACUUUGAUCCUUUUGGACUGCAGAAGCUGGACCUCUCUGCACCAAACCCACCCAAGUUUUUGGAAGCUCUGAGGGGGGAAGAAAACCAGCUGCAGAUCACCAGCCUUAACACCAAGUAUGAUAAAAUGCAGAGGGGCUGGGUCCAGUUGGACAAAGAGGGGCAGCCAGCGCCGAGGCCCAGAAACAGGGCGGACCGACUCAAAGAAAUCUGGAAGAGCAAACGCAGGAUCCGUAAGCCCAGGCCUUUGGAUCAGCAGAGGUAUUCCCCAGUGCAGAUGCUAUUCAUGAAGACAUUUGACCUGACCAGCAUCUGCCGCUGGUUUUUGCAGACGACUGAGACCAAGUCACUUGUCAUCGUUAAAAAGGUGAACACGCGACUUCCGUCCGAGACUCAGCUUUGCUUCCACAGCUCCUCGGGCGUGGCGGGUUCCUCUCACGGAGUCUUCCCGAGUCUACAAGCAGAACGCUUGAAGAAGCACCUGAAAAAAUUUGCUGUCGCUUCCCCUGUGAAAAGCAAUGCCAGGAACCAAAAGCUUAUUGCUAAAGCCUGGGAGCAGGACAGCCCUUGUAGCAAAGGGAAGGAAAAAAUUAAAGAAAUGACCUCUGCCACGCGGAUCUCCACCAAACCCUACAGCAAUCCUCGCAAGACACAGGCACAGCCUGUUGAGAGUCAGAAGGCCGCUGCCAAAAGCCCCGCCAGCGCCAGGAUUCUGAGGAAAUACACCAACAUACGAGAGAAGCUGCAUGGUCAGCAGCACACGCUCAAGCCGAAGGAGGUCACCGAAGGAGACAGCCUCAAAAGCACCUGUGUCAAACCUUCAGUCCCUGCAAAGCUCAUCUCUAAACCUAAAGCAUUACCAGAGCAAGCAAAGGUCUCCUCUACUGGGAAAAGCAGUGGAAAGGAGCCAAAUGGCAGCAAGAAUUCCAAGGCACAGUCCCCCCCUUCCAGUAAAAGAGAAGCUCUGAAUAGGGUUAUCAAAGAGACAGGGGCCAAGAGUGGCAGCAGCAAGUUAUUAAUGACUUUAAAUAGAAACGAUCCCAGGGCAUUGAAAAGGGCCCCUCCAUCGGUGGCUGCAGUGGCCGCGAAGCUGAGGAAGCCUCCCGCAGGUGCAGGUCCGGCCUCUCCCAAACUCAAACAAAGGAUCGUGAUGCCUCGGAAGGUGAACGCGAAGGCCGCCGAAGUGCAAAAAGCUGAGCUUGUGAAAGCCGUGCAGCCCAAGGCUGGAGACCCAAAGGCGCCAGCAAAAACAGCGGUUAAGAGCAAACCGCCAGAGAACUUGGUGGGUCAGCAGCCGAGAGCCGACGCCAAUCCGUUGCCCUCGCAAGACCAGGUACUGACACGGUCUCAGAGGAAGAUGGAGGCCACGCCCCCCGUGAGCGGGCCGCCAAAACCUGCCGCAAAGCGCACCCAAGAUCUGGCGCAGACUCCUGCCAAGCGUACCAGAUUGUCACUUUUGAAAUGAAACAUUUGUGCGCAUCAAAGCAGCGGACAGCUGUGUCUGAUCAUGCCAGUCAUGGGUCGUUUUUGGGCCAUUUCACAGACUGAGGACGGACUGGGAACACUUACGCGAGUGUGUGUAUGCGUAUGUGCGCAUAUGUGCGACUGCAUAUGUAAAUUACUUCAUUUUGAGGGGGGGGAGCUUUUAAGAUAGAAAAAGCUUUUUUUCCCCUCCCUUGGCUAUGCUUUUGGUAAGCUUUCAGCAGGAAAAACACAGGAGAAAAAGGCGAGGGAGGUAUUUAAACUCAGUGGUGAAGUGAGCGUGUCUGCAGUGUGCUUGUGAGGCGUGCUUGUGUGAAAGGGCAAACUUGGGUGCUUGAAGCCCUCAUGAGGUGCUGCUGAGGAGUGCAGUCCUCCAGUUUUGUAUUACACAUUGCUUGCAAUCAAAGAGGAAGAGUACAGAUUAUAUAGAUCAGGUGCCUUAAUCAAUAUUUAAAGUAAUAAGACGUGUAGCUAACGGCAAGGAUUGCUUCUCUACUUGUUGCACAAACACGUACUGAGGGGGAGGGGGGGUGGAGAGAGAGGCAGUCCGUGCACACAGCCAGCCCCUGACGCUUUCCCAACCUGUCUUCCUGCAAGAGACCCACCCCAGUCCCCUAGUCUGCUUAUUCGUUUACCUUGAUGUUGUGAAGCAGCAUCAGUGUUUAAUACUGUACCUUCCAUGGGAGAUUUUUUUUUUUUCCUUUUUUGUCCAUUUGUUUGAAUUGCCAAGUCCUGG